GUACAUAGGCGCAUGCGCUCGACCUCGCUCAUCUUCAAUGAGGACCCUAUAAGCUUGCUGUGUGACAGCUGUAUUCAGCCGCUGGUCUUUGAAUGACUGCUGCUUUUCACUGUUACUCCAUGAACACCAGUGAGAAGACAUGGGUGGAGGAGGACCAGUCCAUGGUCAGCCGUAUGCAGAAGAAGUUUUGGAAAACCAAGCAAGUCUUAAUGAAGGUUACUGGGAAAAAAGAAGAUGAACAUUUGGUUGCAUCAGAUGCUGAGCUGGAUGCUAAGCUAGAGGUAUUUCGUUCAAUUCAAGCAACAGGAUCAGAGCUGCUGAAAAUAAUUGAAAAAUACCAGCAAGCUCUAAAUGCUCUGGCACAGGAAGAGAAUGAUUUUGGUUUGCACUUGAAGGUUCAUGCUCAGCAGAACAGCACCCAGGCUGGAAGAAUGAUGAAGGUCACCGGCAAUGCUUUGUGCUCGACUGCUGGUCAGAGGUUGGCCCUCGGUACUCCGCUGUAUCGCCUUGAACAAGAAAUGUCCACUUUUACAGGUUGGGCAGUGUCAGAUACUCUCCUGAAUGUCAACCAAAUGGAGAAGGCACGUACAGAAUACAGAGGGGCCUUACUAUGGAUGAAGGAUGUAUCUCAGGAGCUGGAUCCCGACACCUAUAAGCAGAUGGAGAAGUUCCGAAAGGUGCAGAUACAAGUCAGAAGCUCCAAAAGCCAGUUUGAUAAAGCAAAGAUGGAUGUGUGCCAAAAGGUAGAUCUUCUUGGAGCCAGCCGCUGCAACUUGCUGUCAAAUUCACUAGCAUCCUAUCAGACGACACUCGUUCAGUUUUGGAAGACUACAGCACAUCUAAUGUCUGAAAUUCAGGAGGAAUUUCAAGAUUUGCUUCCAUAUACUCCAUCCUAUCUGGAGCCUACCAAGCAGCAAGAUUCCACAGACAAUACAAUCAAGAAUGAACAAGAAGGGGAAACGGCAAACAACCAAGAAGCAAAUGCCUAUAAUGUGAAUGGUAAUCUCUUUGAUUUCGAUGCUGCUGAAAAAGCUGCUUUUCAAGAGGAGCCCAAGCAUCUGUUAUUGGACAGUACAGAAGCUGAGGAUUUUGAUCAAGAAUUCUCCUUCCUGAACUUACAAGCCCCCCUGUCUCCAGAGCUGUCACAAGAAGAACAGAAUUUGUUUGGGGUCUCUAGCUCACAAGAGACUAAUCCAUGGGCACAGCAAUCGGACAAGCUGUCCGGAUUUCUUCCUUCCCAGCUUCUUGAUAUGGGUCUGCAGUCUGUUGGGGUAAUGAGCAACUGGACAAUGGCAUCUUCGAGUGGCUUUAAGUCAGACAUAGUGAACUCUUCCAUCAAGAAUACCCCAGAACAAGCUACCCACAAAAAUACAGAUAUGGCAACGUGGCUAAACAUGUUUGCAGAUCUGGACCCACUUGCAAGCCAUGGUGCCAGCAAACAUUCAGAAGAUGAACUGUUUCGUGCAUGAGUGCCUGGACAAGAUGGAG